AUGAAGGCCCCCUUCAUGUUUUUUGACAGGACCCCCAAAAGCGAGAUGAAGAUCUCUUACGCCCAGUGUGGUGACGUGAUGAGGGCGCUUUGCCAGAACCCCUCCAUCAAAGAGGUCAUGAGAGUCCUAGGGAAACCAAGCACUAUAGAAAUUAACACCAAGCUGAUUGGCUUUGAGACCUUCCUACCAAUGUUCCAGCACAUCUUCAAGUCCAAAAACCUGGGUACCUUUGAGGACUUUGUGGAAGGACUGCUUGUCUUUGACAAGGAGAGUAACGGCACCGUCAUGUGCGCCGAGUUGUGUCACACACUCGCAACUCUUGGAGAGAAGAUGACAGAGAAAGAGGUUGAGGUAGUGAUGGAAGGACAAGAGGACGGCAAUGGCUGCAUUAACUACGAAGCCUUUGUGAAACACAUCAUGGCUGGGUGA